AUGAAUAAGUCCUUAGUUUGUAUUUCGCUAUUAAUAUUUUAUGGUCUAACGAUAGUCAAUACUGUAAGAAAGAAACGUACAAAAGAGAAUACGGAAAAGUUAGUCAUCAUUCUUGAUAGUGUUUCAGCAGUGGCUGUUGGACAUUUGAAAAAAACAUGCAGUAUUUCAUUGGUCAUUAUCACAGCAUUAAUUUUGCCAAUUGCUGCCGCUGCAUUGAUUGUCAAAGCAUUUCUAUUGAAACCGAUUCACAAUGACAUUGUCAAUAAAUACGAAACUAACCAAACGCUUAUGUAUCAACCAAAUGACAUCUGUUCCGUAAUUGAUCUUCAAGAUUUCAAUAUGUUAACAUUUCCGGUUGCAUGUGCUCUAAUCAUUCUUUAUGCCAUAAUAUCAAAAAGAAAUUCGCUUAAAAACACUUUAUGCCAUGGAUAUUUGGCUCCACCAGUGCCACUCGAUUAUUUUGCCCGUAUUAAACGAAAACUUGCAGCCAUCAUUUUUGCUGUAACAGCAAAUGAACUACUCGAAAUUGUUUAUCAAGUACUAACGGAAAAUAAAUCUGAUGGGGAAGUGCCACUCGAUUAUUUUGCCCGUAUUAAACGAAAACUUGCAGCCAUCAUUUUUGCUGUAACAGCAAAUGAACUACUCGAAAUUGUUUAUCAAGUACUAACGGAAAAUAAAUCUGAUGGGGAAGGUUAGCAAUAGUUUCUUAAUUUUUUGCACAGUUCAUCCUAGUGAGAAAGCCGUAAGAAAUUGUGCGAGAUUCACAUUAAAAAGUCACUCAAAAUGCUUGGGAAAUUUUAUAAUAUUUUGCAAAUUUUAUCGAAUGUUUUUUUUUAGCAUUUGAAUAUUUCAAUAUUGUACUCAAGGAAGGUCGACGUUGCUCUCCACCGACCUUUUUUUCAGUAUAGUUUACAAUUAUAAAUGUGACAGAAAAAGUUGAAAAAUGUUUAAGACAUCAGUGGCACUUGUAUACUAACGAGGAAACCUAUCCAAGUGAUACCCUCCGAUUUCGUUCGUUCAUACGUCGAUCGACAGAGGGUAUCGAGCUAGUAAAAAGCCUAAAAGAAUUUUUCCCAUGACUCUGGAAGACCCGGUUUUCUGAAAACCAGUUUUUCAGAAACUCUAUACAAGUUGUCUGUAAAACAAUUUUCGUCAUAGGCGGGCAUAAAUAAAAAAACAAAACAAGCAUGAAGGCACACAGUUUGAUAGAGCAUUAAAGGCCCUACAAAACGUACUGUUGCUUUUUGCUUUUCGUUCUUUCUUUUAUUAGAAAAACUUACUUUUCUCUCAAUAUCUAAAAACAGGUAUUUGUCGACUUUUGAUGGGUUUAUCUCGGUGAGUUAUUGAGAUAUCGAGCUGAGAUUUUCUGCGGUAGCGAUAAGCGAAAAAGAGUUUCGAAAUCCGGUUCUAGAAACCGGAGUAAUUUUAAAAAUACGUCAAGAACUCGAUUGUACAAUAAAGUUGCAAUGACUCAUAUGUUUGGUAAAGGAAAUAGGCAACAUUGACGACACAUUCGGAUACACAAGAAUUUCAUAAUGAUUUUGGCUCGAACGAAGGAAACGGAGUUGCUGAGGAAGCUAUCUUGAAUGUGAAAGAGUGAGUUAUGUAAUCACCUCACAACUUAUGCAACCGUUUAGUGACAUACAGAAUAGUGGAUCACUGUCUUUCCGGUACUUAACGGUGAGCAUUUCCGGGUUGGCACGUGAGCUUUAGAGUUGUUUCUUAGUUAAAAGCUUUUCUAUUCAGAAUUAUCGUUCUCGUGUGGUUUGCUUCACUGAAAGUAGUAUCAUGCAAACCAAAUGUCACGGACUAUCCGUCCGCAGAAAAUGAAAAGAAAUUGUUAGGAAUAUCAAAUUAGUAUCACGUGUAAAACCUAGACGUUAUAGGUCAUUGUGAAUGGUCCCCACUCUGCCAUAAGUGUGACUAGAACGAACGCGAAUUGCCAGAAACAAUGGGGGAUGCCACUAGCGAUGGGCCGUAAUACGUAAGCUUCGAAAGAAUGGAACGAAAGAAUAUUCGUUAUUUACUAUAACAAACUAUGUCUCAUUUAUAUACGAAUGAUCAGUAUACGAAUACGCGUCAGAAAAGAAAGAGAAAAGAGCUUAAACGUACGUAACAAACGUAAUACAUAAUGAAAGUAACAGUAUUUUUCUCUUAUAUAUUUUGAACGAAGAAACGU